GCAGCGGUUGCCCUCCUGUCUGGCGUCGCUCGCCAUCGCCUUGGACCGGGCGCGCUAUGGAGGGCCGGGUGGUGUCUCCGGGUCCCUACCGAGCCACCAAGCUAUGGAAUGAAGUUACUAAAUAUUUUCGGGCAGAAAUGCCACGAAGGAAACACAGGCAACACUUCAAAAAAUAUGGGAAUUGUUUUACUGCAACAGAAGCAAUCGACUGGCUUCAUGAAUUACUGAAGAAUAACAGUAAUUUUGGUCCAGAAGUUACUAGGCAGCAAACUAUUCAGCUGUUAAGGAAAUUUCUCAAAAAUCAUGUGAUAGAGGAUAUAAAAGGAAGAUGGGGCUCAGAGAAUCUGGAUGACAACCAUAACUUGUUCAGGUUUCCUUCGGUUUCCCCAGUGAAAAUUCUGCCACGUCGGUAUCCGUUGAGUGAGAGCACAGAUAAUAUUUCUAAACAGACAGAAAAGAUAUUUAAGUUGCCACAUUUCUCCAGGAGAACACCCAAAAAAUUUGAAUUCCGGGAAUGUAAGGAGAACACAGAAAAUGUGAAAAGUGAAAUGAUGGAAGAGGACAGGAAAAAUAUGUACAUCAGACAAAUAACACAAGCAGACAUAGACGAAGUUUGGAGAAACACGGUUGUGAUACAUUUGCAAACUAUUUUAGGCAUGCCAUCACUCAACGAAGUAUUGCACCCUGCACAAAUAGUUCCUCGGUACAUAAUAUACAACAUGACUAAUACAAGUAAACGUGGCAUUGUUCUUCUGCAAGACAAAUCAGAAGACCUCCCUCACUGGGUACUGUCAGCUAUGAAGUGCUUGGCAAACUGGCCUAGAAGCAAUGGCACAAGCCAGCCAAUGUACAUGGGCUUUGAACGAGAUGUAUUCAAAACAGUCGCUGACUAUUUUCUUAGUCUUCCUGAACCUUUGCUUACAUUUCAGUACUAUGAGUUAUUUGUGAAUAUACUGGUUUUGUGUGGCUGCAUCGCAGUUCCAAAUAGAUCCAGUGGAAAAUCUAGUGCACGGAAUGACUUGACGCUUUCAAAAACUCCACCCUUAAACUCUUUCAAGUCAACUGAAUGCCUUCUGCUAAGUUUGCUCCAUCUUAAGACUGGCGAAAAGGACAAAGCUGAGGCUUCCCAAACAGUUUCUGUAAAGUGCACAGCUGAAAGGGGACAUGAUAAAAAGUUGCAGCAUGAUAGUGCACCUUGUGAACAUGCCACCGUUCAUGAACUAGCAGGUGGAAGUUGUCAGGACCUUUCAAGAGUGAAAAAUGAACAAGCUAUGCCUCUCAAACUUAAGGCGAGGUGUUACUCUUUGGAGGGAAUUACAGAUACCGCCUCAAGCAAGUGUAGUAAAGACGGACUAAAAACACUUUCUGAAACUGGAGUUCAUAUACCGUUUGCAAGUAAUGGAGACCAGCUGUUUCAUUCUGCGCGUAAUCCAGACUGUUUCUUGGGCCUUUGUUCAGACGUCGCUGGCCCAAAACAAACAUGUGGCUUCAAGAGAGUUUCCGCAUCAAGUAUUCCAGACCAAGAGCUGUCUAGUGUUAACCACAAAUCAAAGCAACUUUGCAGAUCUCGUAGUUUACGUGGAAAUAGCAGCUCUGGCUGGUGUAGUGCCCAUGCUCCAGUUGCAGAGAUCCCGGUGAAACCACAUCCUUUGGGCCAUCUGGGCCAAAAAACCCAAAGCACCACUACACUGGUUACUAAAAUAGGGAAUAAACCUGGGAAUUCUGAUAUGGCCAUCAGUAAAAGACUCUGCAAAAGUGCAACACAACUUUCAGAAAACACGCUUCCCCCCAGCACCCUUAUGUUGACUGGCACAAAGCUGCUCCAAUCUCAUUUAGAAAGAGUUGCUAUUGAAGCACUGCAGAUCUGUUGCUUAUUGCUUCCUCCAUCAAAUCGCAGAAAACUUCAACUCUUGAUGCGCAUGAUCACUCGAAUAAGUGAAAAUGUUGAUAUGCCACGACUUCAUGAUGCAGUGGGCACCAGGUCUUUGAUGAUACAGACAUUUUCUCGAUGUAUAUUGUGUUGUGAAGAAGAAGUCGAUCUUGAUGAGUUGCUUGCCAUAAGAUUAGUUUCCUUUCUAAUGGAUCAUCACGGAGAAAUUCUAGAAGUCCCAAUUUAUUUACAAGUGGCUGUACAAGAACACUUAGAAAUUUUAAAAACUACUCAGAUGGAGUGCCUAGGGGAAGAACUGAGCACCAUAUUUCCAACUUACUCCUACUGUGAGAGGAUAACUUCUCAGGAAUUUGAUGCACAAAAGAUUUUCACCUCUCAGGCAGCAGUUGCUGAGCUUCUGGAAAGUAUCAUUAAGGACAGAAAAUUAACUGUGAAAGACAAGAAGAAAAAGCUUAAGCAGUUUCAGAAAGAGUAUCCUGAGAUCUAUCGAAACAGAUUUCCAACCACAGAAAGUGAAGCCAUCCUGUUUGAAGACAGGCCCACAAUUAAGCAGCCAAUGCUCAGCCUGCGAAAGCCAAAGCUUCGUACCAUGAGAAGUUAAUUUUAUGUCUUUUGACGGAUCUGAUGUUUGUAAAGCCAUUUUGCUUGGAAAACAAAUAUUAGCAACAUUUAAGUGAAGCGAGUAUACAAAAAUGUGAAUUUGUUGAACUGUGCUAAAAUAGGUUGGGUCCCAGGGUUCCCUUGUCAUACCUAAAGUCUGGAAAUGACAACAUUGGUGUUUACAAAAGAAACCAACCAAUGUAAAUAGGUAAUAUUUGUGUGUGAGUGGAGUUGGGUGAAAUGAAGGUUAACCAAAAAUGUACAGAUAACCAAUAGCGAAAAAG